AUGAAGGCUGCAACAAGAAUUCUAAGAUACCUAAAAGGAUCGAUAGACUAUGAAAUUCUAUUUCGACGAGACUCUGAAGGCGGAGAAGCAACAGUUAGUUGCAUUUCAGAUGUUGGUUGGUGUGGAGAUAAGGGAGAUCGAAGAAGCACAAAUGGAUAUUUCUUUCAAGUUCUUGGUGCCUCAAUUUCAUGGUGUUCGAAGAAACAACCUGUGGUAGCAUUAUCAUCGUGUGAUGCUGAAUAUAUAGCAGGAUCCUAUGAUGCAUGUCAAGCAAUUUGGAUCAGAUCAGUACUUGAAGAAAUGGAGGUGGAAGUGAAGAAACCUCUUGUGUUGCAAAUCGACAACAAGUCAGCCAUAAAUCUGGCGAAGAAUCCAGUUCUCCAUGGAAGGAGUAAGCAUAUCGAAGCAAGAUUUCACUUCCUGGGGGAAAAGAUUGUUUUCGGCGGUUCGGAAAGUUCACGAUCAAAGCCUAAUAUAUAA